UGGGACUCCGCUAGCUACUAAGGCGUUGCGCAUUCAAAAUGUUUCUCUGUGUUGUUGCGCUGCCAGCCCAACUAGUUCUGCGUUAGACGGUCAUACAUGCUUCGCCCUGAUCAUUAUUUUUGUAACAUUUGAGGGGGGAAAAACACAUUCUUUUGUCUUUGCCUUCGUUUACAUUGAUACCCUGUCCUUUUGAGUUCGUCCCACCUCCGCGUGUCACGCACCGUUCUUGGUGAUGGACCCUCCUGGUGGGGGAGACGAGCGUCGGAGACAGGCCGAGCGUCUUCGGAGGGAGGAGGCCUACUACCACUUUAUUAAUGACCUGAGUGAAGAGGAGUAUCGCCUCAUGAGAGACAGCAACCUGUUGGGGACCCCCGGAGAGGUGACAGCCGAAGAGCUCCAGCAACGUCUCGACGGUGCCAAGGAGCGCGAGUCGUCCCAGUCCAGCAACGAGCAGCUCUUGCCAGCCGCUGAGCCACAGGAGCAGCAGGCAGUUAGCGGAGAGGAAAGAGGGCCUGUGGGGAGACGAGGAGCUGGAAACACAGAUCCAGGUGCAGAAGCGUCCAACGGUGACUCAUUGCUCGAGUGGUUGAACACCUUCCGGCGCACCGGGAACGCAACCCGCAGUGGGCAGAGCGGCAACCAAACGUGGCGUGCCGUUAGCCGGACCAACCCCAACAGUGGAGAGUUCCGCUUCAGCCUGGAGAUCAACAUCAACCACGAUCAGCCGGACACGGGGGAACACGCCGACACUUUGGAGGCACCCGAGCAGUCCGCCCCCGCGCCGAGUUUGACGCCUUUGCCGAGCCGUGCCGCUUCUUCAGCUGCCGCCCGCCCGUCCACCACACCCAGGCCGGCCCCUUAUCCGACGCCUAGGCCCACACUGACCAGAAGGAUACAGACUCGGCGUACACGCAGCAGUAGCACCACCCCUUCCAUUUCAAACCCUGGUGUGCCACCUGCACAGCUGAGAGGAGAUGUAAUGUACUCUUUAGUGCCGCCACCCACUGUUUCUCAGUCGCGUCAGUCUACAUCUUCUCCGCAUCCGCCUGCCAAUGCAGAACUGGAGCAAAACCGAGACGACGUGACUUUAUCUCUCGACUGCCCCCGCGUCUCGCCCCAGUCAGGGUCUCAGGCGCCACCUGCAGGACAGGAAGCGCGUCGGACUCGAUCUCGGGGGCGCUGGCGCCGAGUGGCGGCCACGUGGAACGGCGCCGCCCCGCCCCGCGCCACUAGACGAAGUCGGUCUCCUUUGCACAGAAGUUCCACUAGCACGCCGGCAUCCAGCAGUGCAGUUAGUGGGUCUAGUAUUCAUAUUGUCGAUGCGGGGAUGAGCUCCGUUUCCACGGAAGUUGCGGCGGAACCGGCAACCACUGCGGCGGAGUCGAACACAGAGAAUGGUGAAAAUGAAUCGCAGUCUACCGGAGCGGGAAGUUCUUCAGUUAGACGUCACCCUACUAUCAUGCUGGAUCUCCAGGUGAGACGGAUCCGACCUGGAGAAAAUAGGGACCGCGACAGCAUUGCCAGCAGGACGCGUUCGCGGGCCCGCGUCGCCGAAAACACGGUCACGUUUGAGAGCGACAGCGGCGGCUUCCGGCGCACCAUCUCCCGCUCGGAACGCGCUGGAAUCCGCACCUACGUUAGCACCAUUCGGAUCCCGCUGCGCCGCAUCAGCGAGACGGGACUGGGCGAGCCAAACUCCACAGCACUGCGGUCAAUCCUUCGCCAGAUCAUGACCGGGUUCGGUGAGCUCAGCUCUCUUAUGGAGACGGAGGCUGAUUCUGAAAGCGCGACGCCUGCUGCCCACGUGGACGUCGGUGUCACAAACGCAAAUGCCAGCCCGGCCAAUGAGAACGCUUCAGUUCAAGCGGGCUCGGGGGGGCAGGAGCAAGAAAGAGUGGGUCCUACGAGCAACGAGGAGGAACCGGUCAGCCAGGCUAGACUCGGCGGGGGUACGGCAAACGCCAGUGAAGCCCGACCCACUAGCAGAGACACAAACAACCUUGUGGAAAACGGCACCCUACCCAUCCUACGCCUGGCGCAGUUCUUUCUCUUGAACGACGAAGACGACGACGACCACCCACGCGGCCUCACCAAAGAGCAGAUUGACAAUUUAGCCACGCGCUCGUACGGCCAAGCCAGCCUGGAGGGCGAGGCGGGCCGCGCGUGCAGUGUCUGCAUCAACGAGUACGCACAGGGCAACAAGCUAAGGCGUUUACCCUGCGCUCACGAGUUCCACAUCCACUGCAUCGACCGCUGGCUCUCGGAAAACAACACCUGCCCCAUCUGCAGGCAGCCCAUUCUGGCAGCGGCACACCACGACUGACCAGCUUCGGCUGCUUCUUCCACACCUGAGCGGCUGCGUGUACAUAAGUGCGUCCAUUUCUGUGAGGAAGUUGAGAAGGAACCAAAAGUUCCUUAGAGUGGGGUUGGCAAAAAAAAAAGCAUAAAUCCAGAGAAUAAAGUUUAUUUUUUUAGGCUUUUUUGAUUUCUGCUUCCUCUUCUAUAUGUCAGAAUUUCAUCUGCAAGUGGACUUUUCUUAGCUGCUGUUUAUAGUCCGACUUCUUUAAGAAUCCUCACUUUUUAAAUAUGAUUUGUCUGCCGUCGACUGUAAAUACCCCACCAUUUAUGACAAAAGUGGAAAAUUUGACUUGACGCUCUAUUAAAUUGUCCCAUUAUAGUCGCUUUAACAAAAUGGAAUAUAGUGGUACCUUGACUUGCAAAUUUACUUUUAUUUUAAAGCAUUUAAGAUACAAGUGGAAUUAAUCGGAUUGAAUCCAACUUGUAAGUCAAGGCAGUGCGAUAUUUGAGUUUAUGUAUUUAAUUUGCAUAUAAUUUUGUAUUAAUCUUGGUUGAGUACUUAUGAUUUGUCAAGUUCUCUCCACACAACAAUGCAGAAGUCAUCCUAAAAACAAAAGCCAUUCACCUGUCAAUGAUUUAGACGUGCAAUACAGUUUCAAAUAAAAACUAGGAUUUUAAAGUCAUGCUUCGUGAGGUAUGAAUAUGUGCAAUUGAAGGAUUUCGCCUGGUUCUUUUCUGAAGAACCAGCACAGACCGGCCGAGGCUCCUCAUGUCACGAGUCAAUAUUUAUUCCGUUUCUAUUUAAGAUUGGGAGAUCCGAACUUUUUGAAACCACGAAUGUGUGUAUCAUGUUGCCAUGUGAUGACAGUAAAUAAAACUUC